ACUUCAAAAUGAGGCCAGACUCCGUAGAUUUGAGUCUUACGAACUUAGGCAGAGAGCAAAUCAACUAAGGAAUGAGACUUCGGUCACAACAAGAUGGGAUAACUAUUGUAACAAUGAACUAUUGAGAGAUAGAAUCUUCGAAGUUCAAGCUUGGAGAGAAAAGCAGAGGUUCACAAGAGAUUGCGUUAAAGACGAGAUAAGGGUGUUAAAAGAAGAGAAACAUGCUACAGAACUGCAUUUAGAGUCUCUACAAGUACCGCUGAUGGUGAUAUCACAGUGCCUGUCUAAUAGAGAUCAGAGAGUCCCACCAGAACUCACUAGAGACCAACUUGGGGAGGAACUAAAAAAGGAGCUGCACAUCACGGAGAAUAGCAAGCGUGUGCUGAUGGACGUCUGUCACAUGGGCUGGGAGAAAAUCAAGGAGCUGACCAACGUACUGUGUCGCCUGGAGCGCGAGAUUAAGAAUAAAGAUGAAACCCUCGACUUGGAGUACCACGUCAAAGACCUCACUCGAGACAGCACCGAUAUCAGCUUCAAAUUGGAUCCUACUAGAGUACCCACUGAAUCAAUGACAGAAGAAAGUUACGCGCACUGCAUACAAAAUACUAUAAAGAUAGCUGAGCAGCUGAUGGCGGAAUCUAAGGACCUUCGGGCGACGAUGUUCAAGAGUCGAGAGCAAGCCAGGAAUCAGAUGUACGCGCAGAGCCAGCAAGUCGAGCUGAUCAUGAGGAGGAGGGUGUACGAUAUACAGAGGGCCAGGAAUGAGAUGGAGUGGCAGAAGUAUAAGUUGGAACAGAAUCUACAAAAGGUAGACAGGGAGAUAGAGACACUGCGAGCGGCGGUAGCAGAUAAAAUAAACCCGACCAAGUUAGUGGAGACGAGGCUGGAAACCAGGACGAGACGGCCAGUACUCGAGCGAGUACAGGACAAACCCAUGCGCGGCCUGAUUGAAGAGUUUGAGAGAGUACACACCAGUCAUAAUAUGCUGGAGAAGAAACUUGAAGAAGCUAUCACGACUUACCACGGCAUGUACAACCACCAUCAACGGGUAACGAAAGACCUUCAAUACAAGAACCAAGCUUUGGAGACGGACAGGCGGCUCAUUGAGAUCAGGAAACCUCUCCACUCUUCUGAUGAAACAGAGUUUAAGAGAAACGUCGGCUACUGUCACAUGAGCGACGAAUUAGUUACUGAUUAAUUAACGGCAACACUGAAAAAUAUUAAUGCUGUUGUUGGUGUUGCCAGGAAUUCGUAAUCAUAUUUAACUUUAUUUCAUAGUUUGCUCUGCAAAAUAUUUAUUUAUAAAUGCAAAGUUAAAUGUUAUUAGAAUGACAUUAGUCAGCACCUUUCAAGGCUUUUACACCAUUAGGUAAAUAUGUAACGCAAUAUUAGAUAAAAACUAUUUAUUUUUUAAAAUAUAAGUUAAAAUAUUAAAUGUUAUAUGUACUUUAUAUUAGGUUUAAGGAAAUCAAAGACUGUCACCAUCAGCGGUCGUGUUCACUAUAAAUAAGUAAAAUACACAUUUAAAAAAUGCUCAUAUUUAUUCAUGUAAUAACAUAACAAGAACUGUGCUGAACUUUAAUAUUAAUUUUACAUUAUAAUAAUAAAUUAUUACAAAUAUAAGCACGUCAUGAUCUUUGUGACAAUACACCUUGUAACAUAACAAGCAUUUGAUGUAAAAACACACAUUUAUUUAAUUAAUUAUUUAUGUUAUUAUAUUCAUAAGUUUAUCACACUUGCAUUGCUCAAAAGGUGGGCAGUAGUGACUUGUAGGACAGCCUCUCUUUUCUGUUAUCAGAGUUGGAAUAGAUUCCAUUAUACAUGUAACUCUGGUGACCAACAGUUUGUAAUAAAUAAUAAUAUAACAAGUAUGUACUAUAUAUUGUCUAAACACGUAACAAUAUAAUACUCAGCGUGGAAUGUGUGUUCAAACUAUUCAACAUUUUUACAUCAAAUGAGAUUCAAGGCACUGAAAAUAGUGAGUCAAUACCAUGUAUUCGACAGGAAAAAUUCGAUAAACUUUUAAUGGUAAUUUAAUCAAUAAUUAAUCGAUAACGGAAAUUUAUCAUUCGAUUCACCAUGUACACGCUUAAAGCUGCAAUUAUGAGUAGGAUU